UUAGCGCGCGACGCCGUGGAAAAAACGUGGUCCUUUUCUCAAUCGCAGCUUGCGAGAGCCGAUUCUAUGUUGUCCACCUCCGCACCACCUUCUUCAAUUCUUAGUCCGCGUCGCCAAAUUGUGGUGGCAGGUGUCAUAUCACCUACUUCUGACGGCUACUCCAAAGCAGGUUUAGCUUCUGCGGAGUCUCGGUGUCGACUAGCGCGCUUGGCUUGUUCUACCUCUUCGGAUUGGAUUGCCGUGGAUUCCUGGGAGGCCUCUCAACCAAACUGGACCCCUACGAGAGAAGUACUGGAGCAUCUGCAAGCCAGACUAACGAGAAUUAGCAGACAGCUGAGUAGUGAAGCCGGAAGUUCUAUGAGAACUAAUUCUCCUGAAGGGUCGAAGGUAGACAAUUUGGAAGAUCCCAGGUUUGGAGAACCUAGUGAUGAAACGGGGAAGAACGGAGCUGAUCAAAGGAGCGUGCGCCGUGCACUUAACGACACCGACAGCAGUACCUGCAACGUCGCGAAACAUAAAUUGCAACUCCUCUUUAGAGGCUACUCAUGUCUCAUCAUCGAUAUUCCAGAGUGA